AUGGAUUUCAAGUCCAUCGCCUUAACCACUCGGCCACAACAACCACACUGUGUAAAGCAGGUAGUAGACCCUGAAGUCUUCAAACUCUUCUACACCUUCUGGAAGGAAAGUGAGGCGGAAGCACAAGAUGUCAACCUGCCCUCUGAGGUGGUCACCCAGCUGGACAACAGCGAAUGUGUCUACAAGUUGUCGUCCUGUGUCAAAACCUCUCUUGGUGUCGGUAAAAUCGCCAUGACGCAGAAACGUCUGUUUUUGCUCACUGAGGGGAAACCAGGCUUCCUGGAAAUCACAAAGUUCAGAGACAUAGAGGAGGUGAAGAUGGCCUCAGCUCCUCUCCUUCUUGGUCGUGUUCCCUCUCUCCGUGUUCUGAGCUCCAUCAGACCUGAUGUGUUUGAAGCUAAUCUGAAGACCGAGACCGAACUCUGGAACCUUGUGGUCAGAGAGAUGCGGGCUGGAUGCAUGCUGGCAGGCCAACAGAAGGACCCUGAGUACAUGACUCAAGCUCUGACCAACGUCCUGUUGAUGGAUGCUGUCGUAGGCUGCCUGCAGACUCAGAGGUCCAUCGCUGCUGCCUCAAAACUCGCUUACUUUGAUCAAGUCAAGCACAAAGCACCUAAAGCUUCCUCCGAGACUCUAAAGCACAAGAUCAACCCAUCACUGGGCUUGGCAGAGCCUCAGACGGUACAUGUGCUGUUUUACACUCCAGGGCAGUUAAGCUGCACCACCUCUCAGGGUAAGAUGAACUCCAAGCUGUGGGUGGCUCUCAGUGGAGGCAGGGUGGUGGUUUUCGAUGCAGCCAGCUGGUCGAUGCUACAGGAUGAAAUUCAGGUCGGAGAGUCCCAAGUGACCUGCAUGAUGGGGCUGGUCCAGGAUCAGGUGUGGAUGGGCUCUCAGGAUUCUGUUAUCUACGUCAUCGACACCUACAGCAUGUCCUGCAACAAGCAGUUGACUGAACACCAGCAUGAGGUGACUGGCCUCUCACUGGACUCCAGAGAUCCCAGCAGCAGUCAGCAUAUGUACUCCUGCAGCUGUGAUGGGACAGUCCUGCAAUGGGACUUGACCAGUCUGACGGUGAAGAAACAGUUCAACCUCGCCUGUGACCGAUUCUUCUCCAUACAGAUUUAUGGUAGCACCAUGUGGUGCUGUUGUGGCGAUAGUAUUGUGGAACUGAAAGAGAGUAGUACACAACAAAGGAGGAUAUCACUUCCUGAUGUCCUGCAGAGCAUGCCCAGUAGCUUCAGCUGCUUCAUCAUCAUCCCAGAGCGAGGACAAUUGUGUGCAGGCUGUUCAGACUCAGGGGAGUUGUGUUUCUGGCAGACUAACAACCUCAAACACCCAUUCAAAAAAGUCUCCUUGCUGAACAGUUCAGGAAUCACCUGCAUGAUUAAAGUAAAAAACCAAAUUUGGGUUGGCUGCGAUGGACAAAACGAUAAUGGUCAAUUGAGAAGCCAGUUGUUUGUGGUGGAUUUAGACAGCCUCACUGUGACAAAGGAGCUGCUUGCUCAUUCAGACCGCAUACAGACUCUCUGCUCUGCUGAAGAUCGUUACGUCCUAAGUGGCUCUGCAUGCUGCGAUGGCAAGAUCGCCAUCUGGAAAGUUGAGUAGAGGACAGAACAGGACAAAGUGUCACCAUACAUAAAAAUUGGAGGUUCAUGGGGAAGGUUUUCAUUGUAAUCGUCACAAUGUUGGAGUGGUAACACGGCUUUAUUUGUCAAG